UUCAGUUUGCCAGUGAAUAUGACAUGAGAGAAGCCCUUAAAUACAUGUACAUGGGAAUGUACAGCAUAAUUAUACUGCUGGGGCUCCCACUCAACACCCUUGUUAUCUACACGAUCUUCUGCAAAAUGAAAAGGACAGGAAGAGUCAUCUGGUUCCUUGGCCUGGCUGUAACUGAUCUCACUGUCUGUCUCUUCCUGCCAUUUCAAAUCGUCUCUGCCCUUGAUGACUUCAACUGGAGGUUUGGACGGGGCCUGUGCAAGUUCUGCUCUUUUGUGAUGUUUGUGAACAUGCACUCUACCGCUUUGAUGCUAUCAUUCAUGAGCACGGACCGCUGCCUCUCUGCAUUGGUCUCUCGCGCUUGCUGCAAGAGCUUUGUGUCCAAAAGUAUGGUCUUGCUCUCUUGGACCAUUGGCACCCUUUUGAGCAUUCCGUCCUUUUUAUUCAGGAGUGUUAAAGAUACAGACAACGGACAGAGCUGCAUUGAUGACUACAAAACUACAGCGGAGGGUGAGAGGACAUUACACUUGGUGACGUUUACCCGUUUGUUUUUUGGAUUGCUUCUGCCCUUAUUUGUGAUAACCAUCGGCUCCUGCUUUGUGUCCAUGAAAAGGAGCAGUAUCCAAAUCAAGGCCUCCAAGUCCUAUCGAAUCAUUAGGGCCAUAAUCAUUGCAUACUUUCUGUGCUGGAUACCCUAUCAUACCUUCAUGGUCAUGGCACUUGUUGUGCAAUCACCCCGAGAGCUCUUCACCGUGGGGUUGCCCAUUAGCACCAUUCUGGCAGGCUUAAACAGCUGUGUCAACCCUAUUAUCUGCAUUCUCAUGGGCAGGAGCAUUAGCAUGACCUGGAUGGAGGCAGCACCUGAGACGACUGGAGAGCAGGACCAAUCGGCAGAGAAUCUUACAGAAAUAAAGACACACCACGAGCAGAAAGACUUAUAACAAGUCAUUCCAUUUUUUUAAGAACUGUUGAAUACUC